AUGGGUAGCUGUUGUAGCUGUCCAGAUAAAGAAGCUUUUGCAGAUAACCAGCAAAAUAGGUUUAAGGUUAUUAAUGUGGAUGAUGAUGGUAAUGAGUUGGGCUCUGGCGUGAUGGAGCUGACAGAAAAUGAACUCAUCUUGUACACACGCAAGCGCGACUCUGUCAAAUGGCCUUACCUCUGUUUACGCCGCUAUGGAUAUGAUUCAAACCUUUUCUCUUUUGAAAGUGGGCGGCGGUGCCAGACUGGGCAAGGAAUUUUUGCCUUUAAAUGUGCUCGUGCAGAAGAGCUUUUUAAUAUGUUGCAAGAAAUCAUGCAAAAUAAUAGUAUAAGUGUUGUAGAAGAACCAGUGGUGGAAAGAAGUCCUCAAACAGAGCUUGAUGUCCCAAGAACUCCACGCACCCCCACAACUCCUGCUUUUAGUGGUUCAAGUAUACCUAAUGGAUAUCCACGUUACCCAUCUUUUGGUGAUGCAUCUUCACAUCCCUCUAGUAGACAUCCAUCAGUAGGGAGCACACGCCUUCCUUCUCUGUGGGAGAGGAGUCUACGCACCCAUUGCUUGCUCCUGAAGAUCAUGUGCAUACGUAUGUUAACACAACUGGGGUGCAAGAAGAUCAAAGGCAAAGUGUACCGGCACCACUUGAGCAACGUCUGUCAAACGCUGAAGGAAGUGCAGCCAAAGUUGAGCCCAGUUCCAUCCCAGAGAGAGACCCCCAAGUUAUCCUGGAACCUGAAGGAGUGAAGUUUGUUUUAGGACCAACUCCUGUUCAAAGACAGUUGAUGGAGAAACAAAAGCUGGAGAAACUUGAGGAACAACAAGCUGUCGGAAAGGAUAGCAGCAGUAGCUGCCCUAAUAGCACAGAGUGGGACACUGGUUAUGACAGUGAUGAACGCCGCGAUACCCCUUCUGGCAAUAAGAUGGUGUAUGAAAAUGUUAAUGGACUAUCUCUGCCUUCUUCUGGCUUAGGAGGGGACGUAUUCCACCACCUCUCUCCACCGAUGUCCAAAAUAUUAAUAACUCUGCCCAGAGGAGAACUGCAUUAAUAAACUAUGAAAAUUUACCAUCUCUUCCUCCGGUUUGGGAAGCCCGAAAAUCCAGUAAGGAAGAAGAUGACCUGUUAGGACCAAAGACACCAUCUAUAAAUGGAUUUCAUAAUAGUCUAGACCCCAUGCAUAACUAUGUAAACACGGAGAACGUAACUGUCCCACUAAGUGCUCACAAGGUUGAGUUUUCUAGGCGUCGGGACUGCACACCCACUGUUUUUAAUUUUGAUAUAAGACGCCCAAGCUUAGAACAUAGGCAGCUUAAUUAUAUACAGGUUGAUUUGGAAGGUGGCAGUGACUCUGAUAACCCCCAGACACCGAAGACCCCUACCACUCCUCUUCCGCAAACUCCAACCAGACGCACAGAGCUUUAUGCUGUGAUAGACAUUGAAAGAACUGCUGCUAUGUCCAACCUGCAGAAAGCACUGCCGCGUGAUGAUGGUACUUCUAGAAAGACUAGACACAACAGUACUGACCUACCCAUGUGA